GCGACGCUUCCCUUCGCCGCUCGCUGGUGGGGCGGGAGAGCCAGGCCGGCGGCGCGGCCGCGCUGGGCCGGGCAGGGCCGGGCAGGACUCGGGGGCGCGCGGUGGGGCGCCAUGCGGGGGCCCCGGGCCCCCCUCUUCGGGCUGUGGCCGAAGCUGGUGCUGCUGCCCCUGCUGUUGCUGCUGGGCCACCGGACUCGGUCCCGGGACAGCCCUGGGCCACUGCAGUGCUAUGGAGUUGGACCCUUGGGCGAUCUGAACUGCUCGUGGGAAGCUCUUGGGGACCUGGGAGCACCCUCCACGCUGCACCUCCAGAGCCAGAAGUACCAUUCCAAAAGAACGUGGACCGUGCCAGUGCCCGUCGGGCAGAGCUGGGUGACCAUUCCGAGGGAACAGCUGACCAUGUCUGAUGAACUGCUUGUCUGGGGUACCAAGGCAGGCCAGCCUCUCUGGCCCCCAGUCUUCGUGAAUCUGGAAACCCGAAUGAAGCCAGAUGCACCCAGGCUGUACCCUGACGUGGACUUUUCAGAGGAUGAGCCCCUGGAGGCCACUGUCCAUUGGGCCCCACCUGUGUGGCCACCCCAUAAUGUCAUGGCCUGCCAGUUCUACUAUCAAAGAUGCCAGGGGACGGCCUGGACCCUGCUGGAGCCGGAAUUGAAGUCCAUUCCCCUGGCACCUGUCGAGAUUCAGGACCUGGAGCUGGCCACUGGCUAUGAGGUGCGGGGCCGCUGCCGAAUGGAAAAAGAAGAAAAUCUUUGGAGCGAGUGGAGCCCCACUUUGUUCUUCCAGACACUGCCCUCUGCUCCAAAAGAUGUAUGGAUAUCUGGGAACCUCUGUGGGACACCAGGCAGACAGGAACCCCUGCUUCUGUGGAAGAACCCGGGGCACUGCGUGCAGAUGAGCUAUAAAGUUUGGUUCCAGGCUGAAGGCCAGGAGCUGAUCCAGAAGACGGCUCCCUGCUGCAGCUCCUCCGUCCCCGCCCUGGCCGAGUGGGUUGGGGUGUCUGCCAUCAAUGCCACGAGCUGGGAGCCUCUUACCAACCUUUCUUUGGCCUGCCUGGGUGCAGAUCUCGCCCCCCGAGACGUGGUGGUCAGCAGCAUUGCGGGCAGCACAGGGCUGCUGGUGACUUGGCAGCGGGGGUCUGGGGAGUUGCAGGAGCACGUGGUGGACUGGGUUCAAGACGGGGAUCGCCUGGAGCACCUCCGCUGGAUCCGGCUUCCCCCUGAGAACCUCAGUGCUCUGUUGCCAGGGAAUUUUGAAAGAGGGGUCCCCUACCGAAUCACGGUGACAGCAGUCUCUCCUUGGGGCGUGGCCCCUGCCCCCUCAGUCUGGAGGUUCAGAGAGGAACUGGUGCCCCUAGCUGGGCCGGUGCUUUGGCGACUCCAGGAUGCCCCUCCAGGAACCCCUGUCAUAGCCUGGGGAGAGGUCCCAAGACAUCAACUCCGGGGCCAUCUCACGCACUACACUGUGUAUGUACAGAGCGGGACCAAGCCUACUGUCUGCAUGAAUGUGAGCCGCAGCACCCGGAACAUCACCCUCCCUGACCUUCCCUGGGGUCCUUGUGAGCUGUGGGUGACCGCAUCCACCAACGCAGGACAGGGGCCACCAGGUCUCAGCCUCCGGCUUCACCUACCAGAUAACAGCCUGAAGUGGAAAGUUCUGCCGGGUGUCUUUCUCCUGUGGGGCUUGCUCCUGACCGGCUGUGGUGUGAGCCUGGCCACAUCUAGAAGGUGCCUCCACCUUCGGCACAAGGUACUGCCCCGCUGGGUCUGGGAGAAGAUUCCUGAUCCGGCCAAUAGCAAUUGUGGCCAGCCCCACGUGGAGGAGGUGCCUCAGGCUCAGCCCCCCAGGGACUUGCCCAUCCUGAAAGUGGAGGAGAUGGAGCCGCUCCCGGUUAUGGAGCCCCCCCAGACCUCCACCCAGCUGGGCUCUGGCUAUGAGAAACACUUCCUGCCCACCCCCGAGGAGCUGGGCCUUCUGGGCCCACCCCCAGUUCCCAAAUUCCGGCCUGAACCCAGCCCAGGCCAGGAGAGGGGUGCCCAUUUGACAGACGAAGACACUGAGGCUCAGAGAGGCUGAGUCACUUGCCUGAGGACACCCAGCCAGGAAGAACAGGUUGAAGGACCCCUACAGAGGGAGGGUCUGGCCCUCUGGGGAGUAUAUGGAUGGAGGGGGGAGCAAAGGAACGUGUAUGAAAUCGAGUGGCAGCUGCCUCCCCAGAUCUGUCCUGCUGCUGUUAAUAGAAACGGCUGCUGGGCGUCGCCGCUGUCCCACCUGCAGCCACACGCAGCCCCGGAUGGAGUUCCCGCCGACGGACUGCGGGCAGGAGUGCCGCGGGCUGAUGCCCAGACGAGGCCCAAAGGGGUCUGGGCUCUUCCACACUUACCCUUGCCCAUGAGCUGGACACCGGCGUGCCUGCCAUCCCGCCUUAACUGUACGGGAGAAGGUGGACCACGAAGAGGAAAGGAACCUCUGUUCCAAGUGACUGUGUGACUGUGUGACUGUGUGACUCCAAGCCACCCAGAGAAACACCCUUGUACGUUUUUGUAGCUCCCGUAGCUGGGGCGCUGUGUCCGGCAGCCAUGUCUGCUCACACUGACUCCCUGACGCCAGCGGGAGUGAAGCCCUUGCUCUCUCCCCCCGGAGGUGGUGAGGGGGACCCGUGCCAAGAGCACACACACGCUCAGACUGUCCGGAUGCUUGAACAUUUAAUUUUCAAGUAUAAAGGCUUUGUCGUAGAAGGGGGCCAGGGUCACAGGCAGUGGGAAGCGUCCAGAAGCCCGGGAGGAGGUGACGUGCGGGCCAGCUGGCUUCCAGGUGGCCCAGCCAGCCCCCAGGUGGCCCAGCCAGCCCGGUGGCGCCCUGUCUGCGCCGGGGACCCGCUGCUGGAUGCCGAGAGGCCGAGGUAGCUGUGAGAGGAGCCGGACGUGGGGUGGUGGGCGUGGGCUCACAUGACCGCACAACACUGGCACGUCUUUUGCUUAGGCCCGCUUGCCUCUUCGCCCUCGGGAGGGGCAGAUGGCUCGGGCUGCCGGGCAGGUGCAUAGGUGGGCACAGGCCGGGCACUGGGGUUGGCCCGAGGCCCUUGCGCCCGAAGCAGUGGCUGGCACUCGGCAGGCUGCUCUGGGGCUGGGGUCUCUGCCAGGAGGGGGGUGGUGUCCCCCGAGGGGCCCUGGCCCUCAGCAGGAGUUUGGGGCCUUACAGAUCCCUCCUCCAGGGAGCCUUCCUGCUUCUCCUGGGGCUGUGGAUCUUCCUCUUCUGGCCUUGACUCUUCCUUGGCCCCCACGGGAGCCCCUGCCUCACUCACCUCCUCUGCCUGACAUUCCUGUCCGCCCUCAGACUCCCUCUGGUCUUCCUGACUCAGAUCUUCCUUGACUGCUUCGGUCUUCUCAGCCUCCAGUGGCGGCUCAUCUCCCCCUCUCUCAGCCUCCAGUGACUCCUCGCCUUCUUUCUCGGCCUCCAGUGGCGCCUCACCUCCUGUUCUCUCUACCUUCGGUGACUCCUCGCAUUCCUUUCUUUCCAACGCCCCUGGUUCUUCAGUCACCUCUAGCUUUUCCUCCUCUCCUUUCUGCUCUACUCCCAAUGGUUCCUCGUCUUCCUUCUCUGCCUCUGGCUCUUCUGCACUUUUCAGCUCUACUUGCAAUGGCUCCUCGCCUCUUUCCCUCUCUGCCCUCAAAGGUCCCUCAACUGCCUCUCUUGCUACUGACAACAGUUCCUCAGCUGCUUCCCUUUCUGUCCCCAGCUUGUCCUCACCCCCCCUCCUCUCUGCUUCCAAGGAGUCCUUGCUUCCUUCCCUGUCCGCCAUCACAGACAUGUCUGCUCCUUCCUCCUCCGUCCCUGCCUUCUCCUCACUCCACUCCUUUCCUCCGCCCACUGGUUCCUCUGUUUGGCCCCUCCCUGCCUCCCCAGCUUCCUCCCCUGCCCCCCUCUCUGCCCCCAGUGGACUCUCAGGUCCUCCCCCCUGUCCCCACAUCCUGGGCCCUUCCAAUCCCUCCACCCCCAGCUCCUCCCAGUCCUCGCUGAGGGUCACCCUCUCCACCCAAAUGAAAGACCCCUCCUCUCCUCCAGAGCCCCCUGGCCCAUCAGGGCUGCCCCUGGGAACACCUUCUCCAGGAGCUGCUCCUUCUAGUCUCACCUGAAGAAGCCUCGGUGAGCUGGCCUGCGCAGCCUUCUGGCCCCCGCCCAGCUCCCCUGUGGCCUCUGAGUCCCCACUGUCUGGCCCUCCCACGCCCUCCCAGACCACCUCCACAAUGCCCCUGUCCUCCUUCACCCAGGAGGGGAGCUCUGGGCAGCUAGCUUCCUGCCUCUCCCCAAUGGCCUCCAGCACCAUCUCCUCUACCUUAGCCUCUAGUUCUGGGCCCGUGGCCGCCGUGGCACAGUCCUCCGUGGCCCUCAGCCCCUCCCAUACCACCUUCACCACACCCGCUUUGGCCUCGUCCGCGCCCCCCUUGGAGGCUGCCAGCGCCUGACUAGGCUCCUGCUCUGGAGGGGGGCUGAGUCCAGGGCAGGGGCCAUUGGCUUCUGAGGAGGCCCCUUCUGCCCCAGGGAACAGCCUCAGGGCUGACGGAGCCCUGACAGCCUCAUCUCGGGCCUCUGAGGGGGACUCUGGAGAUGUGUCCACUGGUCCAGCUGGUAGGGAGGCUCUCUUGUUCAGAUCAGCGUGGUCUUGGGGAGUGACAGGAGGAAAGGAGAAGAAACGGGGCGACAGAGUGAGAUUCUGAGCCCCUAGAUUCAGACCCCUCUUCUUGGGACCCCCAGACCUGGAGCACAAGCACCCACCUGUGGGACCUGCCUCCACGGUAGGCUGGGAGAGAGGCCGGUGACCCUGCAGGGAUGGCAGAGACAAGGUCAGGCCAGCCCGUGUCUGUACCUGCACGCGGGUACCCUCCCCUGCUCAAAACACCCUCAAUGCACCCCCCUACCCCGCCAUCACAUUCAGGAUCAAACCCUCAGCCUUCCUCACCUGGUCCAGGGCCUCACACGCAGUAGGUGCUUGUCAAUACUGUGUCUGUGAGCCAACAGCUGUGUAUUAGGGACCUACUCUGUCACCUACUGAGAUUGCCGUGGACAAGGGACACUUAAGCCUUUUGCUUGGGGGACUUACAUUCCAGGGGGGUGAGGUAUAAACAAAAACAAAUAUGUAAUGCCAGGGAGUGAGAAAGACUAUGGCAGAAAAAAAAAUAAGCAGGAGGAGGGGCUCUCAAGGAAGUGACACUGAACAGAGAGAGACCCAAAGGGCAGGAGGAGACCGCCUUAACUCAAGAGGUACAUAAGGGCAUUCCAAGCAGAGGAGAAAGCAGGAGCAAAAGCUCUGGGGCUGCAAUGAGCUACACAAGUUCAAGGACUGGAAAAGAGGCUCAGCAUAGCUGGAGUGGGGCAGGGUGGGGAGGGACAGUGCGAAAGUAUGAAAAUGGGCUCAGGGAGGGGAGUGGAGGGGCAGCCAAGCCCCAGGGAUCUCCUCAUAGUUCUCUGAUCUUAUUCCCUUUCCGGCCUCCAGGCCUUUAUGUGGGCUGUUUCCUCUGCCUGGAAUUCCCUUUCCACUCUUGCCUGGUUCCCACUCAGAUUCCAUAUAUAUGGCACUGCCUCCAGGAGGCCUUCCCUGAACCCCCAACCUUACUCAGGUGAUUUCCCCCGUGCUCCUCCCCUGCCCAGGGCUCCCCCCAUCACAGACUCUUGGAUGGUGAGCUCCCGUGGGCCAGGAAUCCUUUCUUGCGCCUCUCUGGCAAGGAACUCCCAGCCAGUGUUUAAAACCUAACAAGUGCUGCUUCCCACAUCCAUAAACAAGUCUGCUUCUCCCUCUGUGCUCUGAAACAGGCAUCUGGGAGCUAAGCUAAGGCACCAGGAAGAGCCAGAGAUUGUGGCCCCUGCUCUUCCCUAUGGCCAGGCACAAAUGUUGGCAGAUCUUGGGACUUCGGGGACAACCCAGAGAUCCAGAUUUUAAUGUAAGGUUGUCAAAAGCCUGUGUGUUGUGUAGCAUGCAUACAGACUGUAUCUUAAUAAAAGUGCUGCUAAAACAAAA